AUGAAGUUCCUCGGGAAGCCCAGGAGCCAGACAGCUGCUUUUCUGCCUCUUUGCUGGUUCUUUCUGAAGAUUCUGCAACCAGGGCACAGCCACCUUUAUAACAACCGCUAUGCUGGUGAUAAGGUGAUAAGACUUAUUCCCAAAACAGAAGAGGAAGCAUAUGCACUGAAGAAAAUAUAUCACCAACUUAAGGUGGACCUGUGGCAGCCCAGCGGCAUCUCCUAUGUAUCAGAGGGAACAGUGACUGAUGUCCGUGUUCCCCAAAAUGGUUCCCAAGCCCUGUUAGCCUUCUUACAGGAAGCCAACAUCCAGUACAAGAUCCUCAUAGAAGAUCUUCAGAAAGCACUGGAAAGGGGAAGAAGCUUACAAACCCAGAGAAAUCGAAGAUCCCUCCCUGAAUACAAUUAUGAAGUUUAUCACUCCUUAGAAGAAAUUCAAAAUUGGAUGCAUCAUCUGAAUAAAACUCAUUCCAGCCUCAUUCACAUGUUCUCUAUUGGAAAAUCGUAUGAGGGAAGAUCUCUUUUUAUUUUAAAGCUGGGCAGAAAAUCACGAGCUUACAAAGGAGCUGUCUGGAUAGACUGUGGUAUUCAUGCAAGAGAAUGGAUUGGUCCUGCCUUUUGUCAGUGGUUUGUAAAAGAAGCUCUUCAAACAUAUAGGAGUGACCCAGCCAUGAGAAAAAUGUUGCAUCAUCUGUAUUUCUAUAUCAUGCCUGUGUUUAAUGUUGAUGGAUACCAUUUUAGCUGGACCAAUGAUCGAUUUUGGAGAAAAACAAGGUCAAGGAACUCAAGGUUUCACUGCCGUGGAGUUGAUGCUAAUCGUAACUGGAAAGUGAAAUGGUGCAAUGAAGGAGCUUCUAUGCACCCUUGUGAUGAUACAUACUGUGGCCCUUUCCCAGAAUCUGAGCCAGAAGUGAAGGCUGUAGCUAACUUCCUCCGAAAACACAGAAAGCACAUUAGGGCUUACCUCUCCUUUCAUGCAUAUGCUCAAAUGUUGCUGUAUCCCUAUUCUUACAAAUAUGCUACAAUCCCCAAUUUUAACUGUGUGGAAUCUGCAGCUUAUAAAGCUGUGAAUGCACUUCAUUCGGUGUACGGGGUACGGUAUAGAUAUGGACCUGCCUCCCGAACGUUGUAUGUGAGCUCUGGCAGCUCAAUGGAUUGGGCCUACAAAAAUGGAAUACCCUAUGCCUUUGCUUUUGAACUACGUGACACUGGACACUUUGGAUUUUUACUCCCAGAGACGCUCAUCAAACCCACCUGUACAGAGACCAUGCUGGCUGUGAAGAAUAUCACAAUGCACCUGCUAAAGAAGUGUCCCUGA